AUUUCAUCAGAAAUAGCAUGAUAUCGGAAGGUGUGUUAGCCUCCCAAGUCCCAGUGGCAGACUCGACUUAAAUUCCAGCAAUCCUGACGCAUUAGCAGCGUAUUCUGGUGUCUGACCACCCUAUCUGAAGCUUCUUCACCAUGCCAAAAGUCACGACAUACCGUUGUUCCCGGUGUUCUUACAAAUCAAAAGACAAAACCAAGGUUGGAAAACACAUAAAACUUCACAAUGUUCUUUCUGCUCAAAAAAACGAUUUUGACGAAAGUUCUCAGAGUCAAGAUCUUAACGGAGGAAUUUCGGUAGGGAGUCCACAAAAACUUAAAAAAGAAAAAUCUGUCCCCAAGAUUUCUAAAAAACAAAAACCUGAUUCUCGGUCUUCUAAAAAACGAAAACCAGUUUCGAAAAAUGAUCCUAACGAAGUUUCGCCAGCUUCUGAAGAUGAAGCUCAAGUUGGACUCGAGUCUCUUUUUUCGGACGGUCAAAAGGUAUAUCUCGCUACGCUUGAAUCACAAUUAGAGCUAGUAGAUGCUCAAAAGACUUGUCUAGCAGAGUGGUACUCUGAAAACUCCGAAUUAUCGGACUCCCAAAAGAAAUUCCGAACAGAGUGGGAAAUCCGGGAGUCUGAGGUAUCGGACGCCAAAAGGGAAUGUAUGGAAAAAUGGGAAAACGGGGAGUUAACACUAUCGGACCCACAAAAGAAGUGUCUAGCAAAGUGGAAAUACCAGUCUGUACUUUCGGAAGCUGAAAAGAAAUAUAAAGCAAAACUUGACUCCAAGGACGCUGAUCCAUCGGAAGCUCGGAAGAAAAAUGACUCAAAAGUGAAAUCUCAGUCUGGAUUAUCGGACGCCCAAAAGAAACGGCUAGAAACAUUAGAGUACCAGUCAGAGAUAUUGGGUGCUUAUGACAGAUAUCUUACGACAUUGGAAUCAUUUUUAGAGCCUACUGCAGAGUAUUUACAUCAACAUGAUCCCUCCAUAUCUCCAAGUAAACUCUCUAAAUAUGAUCCCUCCAUAUCUCCAAGUAAACUCUCUAAAUAUGAUCCCUCCAUAUCUCCAAGUAAACUCUCUAAAUAUGAUCCCUCCAUAUCUCCUGGUAAACUCUCUAAAUAUGAUCCCUCCAUAUCUCCUGGUAAACUCUCCAGAUCAAACCUUUCCCGGACACGACCUCUAGACACUUCUGUGUUCUCUCUUUCCAAGGUCCCAGUAAAUAAGACUAAAUUGAACGAUACUCAAUUUAAAGCGGAAACCACUCCUAGUGUGUCCAAUGUCCUGCAGACUGAAGCUCAAAGUGUCAGCGAAACAUCAGAGAUUGGACAUAUGGGUGAAACCGGCUGUCUUUCUGGGGCUCUUCCUCUGACUCAGUUUGAAGGAGAACGAGAAUCUUUAGAGGAGAUCAGACAUAGAUUCUACAUGGACCGGAUGAAGGUAAACGAAGACACGGUUCAGGUAAAAGAGGAGGUGAUGGACUGUAAACACCCACAACAAUCAGCACCACUAGUUCCUGUAUUCCCGCUGGAUCCUGCUCCUAGUUUGGAACAUGCAAAUUGGCGGCGUUCUGUCCUUGGAACCGCUUAUUCGAACCUUGGAACCGCUUAUUCGAACCCUUCAAAGAACGGUCAAACGAAGACAAAGAGUAAGAGGCGUGCUAAGAUAUUAAUAGAUACGAGAUGCUCGUGGAAAGAAAACGAACAAGCGGAAAUUAUUCCUGAGUUGGUAUCUGAAGAACAAGCGAAAAUAAUUCCUGAGGUGGUACAUAAAGGAUGUUCUCCUCCUGAAAACCCUGAGAAACGAUCUAAGAUUGAAGAAGGUCCAGCUUCCAAAAGUCAGAUACUCGAUAAAGUAGGAUAUUUGAAAAAGUUGGACACAGGAAACGUAUCCUGCAAGAUUAACCAGGACACAGCAAGGUCGUUCAAAAAGGGGUUAUUGGAGAGCGCCAGUGUCAUGUCAGACCCUUCUGGAAGUAUCCCUGAUAAAAAAGCAACCGUCCUUAAUAACGAAACUAAAAAACUUCGCAGUAAAACAUCAACUUCUGAGCCUACAGACAGUCCUUUCUCCUCACCCAUGGUGAACCCUCCUCCCUUUACCUCCCAACCCUCCACUAUUCCUGGAACUAGUGUGGAAGUAUGCUCAACACGUCUGAUACCACUCACACAGCCUCCUCUAGUAACCCCACUUGUUCCAGUCACCGCCAUACUUCACACUAACAUGAUAAACUUCGUGAAUAUCCCUGUUACAGUGUUCAGUGUACCUUCAGCUCCAUUACUGGUCCCUGUGACUGUCCAGUCCCGGACAACUUCAUACCCUAAUCUCACUGUUAUGUCCCUUGAUCGCAGCCGGGACACUGCCCCGCAAGCUGCAUUACCCAGCACAAAUCAAUUCAAAUCAGAUGGUGAUUCCACCAAGUCAGUUCAAACAUCAAAAGUAAAGAUAGAUUCGGAAGCAAGCUCCUCAGCCGUCUCAACUGAGUUGAUUGAAACUGAACAGUCUACGUCUUCAAUUGUCGGUGAGUUGUCAAUGGAGAAGACAGAGAAUCAGCCUACUCCCUCCAACUCAUCUCAAUCCAAACCAGAACCAAUGAAACACUCAGGACUGAUAAUGCGUCCCAAUUGUGAUAACGUCAUGGCAUUGUCCAGCUCAACCGACUCAUCAGACACAGAGGGUGCUUCCAACCUCGUCCAAUCAGAAGACAGUACUCCAAACCUCGUCCAAUCAAAAGACAGUACUUCGAACCUCGUCCAAUCAGAAACAUGUUCUGUCAGUAGCCGGUCACGUGUGGUGUGGGCCAACAAACCUUCCCAGCCUACUGUAAAAAUCAGUAAACCAUCUAACUCGUCACAAAUGUCACAUAACUCGUCACAAAUGUCACAUAACUCGUCACAAAUGUCACAUUACUCGUCACAAAUGUCACAUAAAAGUUGUCACAGUUCUCAACGUGAUGCAUCUCGACCAGGGGAUAAUUGUAUGACCACCAAACCUUCUCCUUCACAGCCUUCUGGGGGUGUCCUUGUUGAUGAUCCAUCCCAAUCUUCGGAACAGACAGUUCAUAACUUCUCACCUCAUGACUUCCCACCUCAUUCUCCAGAAGAUUUGGGAAACUCAAGCGAGUUAGACCGCGUAUCGACUAGAGAAGAAAUAAACGAUCUCAAGUCAAUGUUACGAAAUGUCAUUAAAAUGAUGAACGAUACCAGUUCACUUGUUCAGAAGAUAACGCAUAAGGUCACAAAGUUAGAAACUAAACUGCAACGUUAAAAUAGACUUUUAGACUGAAGGUUUUUCAUGAAUUUAAUAAUUGUUUUCAACAACUUACGCGACGAAUUUCAUUCAAAUAUGUAUUGGUUUGUCGGUUUGUUCGGUUUACUCAGAAUUCGUAUGUUUGGUCACUAAUACUGCACUGUCAAAUUUUAUUUUUUAAAUAAAAGGUAUUUUUAUAUUAUGUAACUUAUUAAAUUUGUAUUUUAUGUUUAUGAUUUUAUGUUAUACCAUUCAUGCCAGUCUUGAAAGCUGCAAUUACUUUUCCUCGUAACUCGAGACCCGAUAUUUGAGCGAGCUUUUUCUCACGAUGUGAUAUAACAUGUAUGAGAUGCCAACCGGAAAUAUAGCUUUAUCUUUAGCUGAAAGUUUUGGGAAUCUAUUUUUAACAAAUAUUCAAUAUCAAAUUUUAUCUCACAUUUAUCAAAGACCAUUUGUUACUUAGGGAAAAGUUUAAAAUUAUUUAAAUCACAAACACUAUUUUUAGUUUUUAACUCUCCAGUUUUUGCAAUACUGCUCCUAGAAAGAUCGAGAAAAUGUUAAACCAAUGUAAUAAUAUCCUGGCUUUCUAAACGGUGUCAAAUUCCCAGACGAGACUUCCCGACAAAAAACUUGCCAACAUCAACCUGCCACAAAAUCAGAGUUCAGACCUAUACCAAUAAUAAAGGGGCCAAGAUACUUAAUCACGUUACAUAUACCCGUACUCCAUCCAAGAUAACAGUCAAGAUAUUGAAGAUAUUCAGUUUCAUACCUUCACGUUACCUCAGCUAGGCCCGCCUUCAAUUGUACUUCCUACUUUUAUACGCCUACUUAUGUAGUUGCUGGCACCGUUUUACUCGGCUGCUCAUUUCAUGUUUUUAGUUCUUUUGCUGGGAUUUUGUGUAUUCUGAACGUGAAGAAUUGAAGAUGGAAGAUGUGAGCAGUUUAUUUGUUUGUCUUAAUCAACAGAAUUGAAA